CCCGCCCAGGGGCCCCGCGCUCGCUUCCCUCUCUCCCGCCCCGGGGCCGCGCGCUCGCCUCCCGCCCAGCCUUCCCCGCGCUGGGCGCCGAGGCUCCGCGCGGCCGGCGCAGCCGUCUCUCCUCCCGGAAGGCGAGGCCGAGUGUGGCGGCCAUGGAGGCGGCGGCGCGGAGGCGGCAGCUCCCGGGAGCGGCGGGCGGCCCCGGUGUCGCGUUCGUGCAGGCCAGGCAUGGCUCCGUGAAGGCCGAGGACAAAGACCGCACAGCCCCCUUCCACUUUGACCUCUGGUUCUACUUCACACUGCAGAACUGGGUUCUGGACUUUGGCCGCCCCAUUGCCAUGUUGGUAUUCCCGAUCCAGUGGUUUCCUCUCAACAAGCCGAGUGUCGGAGACUACUUUCACAUGGCCUACAACGUCAUCACGCCCUUCCUUCUGCUAAAGCUUAUUGAGCGGUCCCCGCGGACGCUGCCACGGUCUAUAAUCUACGUCAGUAUCAUCACGUUCAUCAUGGGAGCCAGCAUCCACCUGGUGGGUGACUCAGUCAACCAUCGCCUGCUCUUCAGUGGGUACCAGCACCACCUGUCCGUCAGGGAGAACCCCAUCAUCAAGAGGCUCAAGCCGGAGACUCUGAUCGACUCCUUCGAGCUGCUGUACUACUAUGACGAGUACCUGGGCCACUGCAUGUGGUACAUUCCCUUCUUCCUCAUCCUCUUCAUGUACUUCAGUGGCUGUUUUACUCCCUCCAAGGCCGAGAGCCGCAUGCCAGGGCCCGCCCUGCUCCUGGUGGCGCCCAGUGGUCUGUAUUACUGGUACCUGGUCACCGAGGGCCAGAUCUUCAUCCUCUUCAUCUUCACCUUCUUUGCCAUGCUGGCUCUCGUCUUGCACCAGAAACGCAGGCGCCUCUUCCUGGACAGCAACGGCCUCUUCCUCUUCUAUUCCUUCGCGCUCACCCUCUCACUAGUGGCUCUGUGGGUUGCUUGGCUGUGGAAUGACCCUGUACUCAGAAGGAAGUACCCUGGUGUCAUCUAUGUUCCUGAGCCCUGGGCCUUCUACACACUGCAUGUUAGCAGUCAACAGUGAGGCCUACUGGGGGCAACGGGCCAUGGUAUCUGUACAUGUGCGCAUACAUUACAUGCACUGUGGUAAUGUGAACUGUGCACAGGUCAUGGUAUCUGUACAUGUAUGCAUACAUUACAUGCACUGUGGUAAUGUGAACUAUGCACAGGUCAUGGUAUCUGUACAUGUAUGCAUACAUUACAUGCACUGUGGUAGUGUGAACUAGUGCAUUGGGGGCAGGGAUGGGCAGAGUGGGUUGUUGAGAGGUCAACUGUUCUGGUCAGGAUCUGGGUUUGUUUUUGUUUUUGUUUUUUUCUUUUGUCCCCAUUUGGACUUAAGGUGGAAUUUGGUUUGGGGACGUACAUGGAGGCUAAGAUCCUGGCCCCUGGCCUCCCCUGUAGCUCACUACUAUUCGAGGUGCCUGAAUAACACCCCUAUCUCUCUCAGGACUGGGCUGGCCUUAUGGAGAUGUCUUCUGGUGACAUGCAGGUGAGGGCUGUGAGGACAGAGGCAGGAGACUGCUACCUGACUGGCCCCUGGCUCACCUGAAGCUGCCUGCCCGUGGGUCACAACUUCUUUUUUGCUUUAAACAGAGCAAUUCCAUCUCUGGGCUCCAACUGCUCUGCAGGGUCCCAUGGGUCCAAGUGGCUCUGGGGACUGGGUAGCUACUGAUUCCCUUGGGGCAGCAGCAGCAGCAGCAGCAGCAGCAGCAGCAGCAGCAAGAAAGAGUGGUUCUUUUACCUACUGUGUCCCAGACCCUCAGCCCAGCACGGGUGUGUCUCUCGCAGCCUCUUGUCUAACCUCACACCCCACUCACAUACUGUGAGAACCCCAGCUCCAGGUAGCCAGAGGCCCCGCCCCCUGGUCACUUUCAGCUAAGCUCUAAGCUGGCCUGGGUUCUGAGCCCUUGUUUUAUAGAUCUCCUCAGACCCGUUGUAAGGGUCUGAGGCAUUACAAGUCAGUCUCAUGCAUCUCAGCCUGAACCCCUCACCACCUGCCUGGUGCCUUUGUUCCCAGCAUGGCGGCUCCUGCCUCUCCCCAGCCCGCCUCCUCCCAGGCCUCAGAUUUAGGUCUCUUGAUGUGAUAUAGGUGAGCCCACCACCUCACUCGGCAGUCAGCACUGACUGGCCUGUGCUGUGAGUCUUGGGGACACUAUGCAUGGCCCUGCCUCUCUUCUGCUGCUCUCAGGGACUGCGCCUCAGUUUUCCCUUGUGGUUUUUCUAUGGGCUAGACCAUGCCAUGGGUGGGGGAGGUGACAGGGGUGAGAGGCCUGAAUAAAGGCUGUUUUGAAGCCCA